GUAAUAUUAUGCAUUAAGUAUAAAUAGGAAGUAUUUUCAAAAUUGAAUCAUUACGGAGCGUAACCUCAAAUCAUCAAAAUGGCAGUUAAAGUUACUUUGGUUUUGUGCGGAUUGGUUUUGACCAUACAGACCGCUUUCGCCCAAUACAUCAGUGGAAACUCAGUGGUAGACAACAAUGUUGUGAUCAACAGCGGAUCAUCCAACAGUCUCGGCUAUGCUGGCGGUCUCGGCCAGGGCAGCGCGGUCGGCAUAAACAACGGCAUUGGUCUUGGUGUCGGCAGCGGACUUGGCUUGGCCAGUGGAUUGGGCUUGAACACCGGAUUGGGCUUGAAUACCGGUCUCGGCUUGGGUGCUGGUCUUGGUUUCGGCAACAUCGGUGUGGCGAGCCCAGCUUUCCUCGACCUCAGCCUCCUGUCUGCCGGAGGAGUCUUGCCGAUCUCCAGCAUGGGCCCCGUCGUCCCAGCCGGCCUCAACGUGGUGUCAGACAACGCGAUCGAAGGCGCUCUGCUGAUCAGCGGUCAGCUGCCGUUCUUGAGCGCUGUGGCCUUCGAAGGAGCCCUAGCGUCUGGUGGUUCAGGAGCUGCCUCUUGCGGCUGCGGUAACGGCAACAUUGGCAUCAUCAGCGAGACUGGCUCUGCCUCCCUCCUGCCAGCUGCCGGUGGUCUUGGUCUUGGUGGAAUCGGCGGAAUCGGAGGAAUCGGCGGAAUCGGAGGAAUCGGCGGAAUCGGAGGAAUCGGAGGAAUCGGAGGAAUCGGUGGAAUCGGCGGUUUCGGUGGUCGUGCCGGAAUCGGUGGACUUUACUUGUAAGUCAACAAAUAAUUUGCAACAAAUC